AUGGAGGAGGCCAAGCUGAUCCGAAUGGCAACAGCCAUCAGCGAAUACACCAUCAGCAGUAUGCUGCGAGAAACGGCAUCCGAAGCAGCCGAGAUUCUAAAUAAAGCUGCUCCAACAGCGCGAACCAUCUUAUGUGCACCACAACAACUGCUGAAUGAUUUUGCUGAAGCACAGAAGGCACUAGAGCAGUUAGAAAGAAGCGCAGUUUCCUAUCAGAAAGAGCGUGCAGCAGAUGUGGCUGCUGCACAGAAAGAUAUCAUGCAGCACUGGCACCCACGCAGGACAGAGGAGCUUGGAUCGAAUUUCACUACGGAACUACGACAGUAA